AUGUCUGACCACCAUGCGGGCUCGACUUCGACGGCCAAGCCGAGAGUCGCUGAUCAGCAAGUUGCUCGGAAUGCAAAGUUCGUGCGUCGGCAUUUGCAUGACGCUAAGUCUGGGCUGCUAGCUGGACAACGUUCGGAUUUUCAUGGGGGUUUCGCGAGAUGGGACUUCGCAAACUUUACCGAGUCGACCGCGCAAGUGCGCGAGCUACGUCACAUAUCAGCGGCAAAUUUCCACCAGCGCGAUCAGUCAUCGUCUCUCGCAACCCCUUCAAGUCAGCGCGCACUCAUUCGCCGCACUUCGAGGGGUGACAGCGCAACCCAGCACACUUCUCCGCGUCGAGAAGUGCAGAAGCUCGAGAAACGAGGGAGAGCGAUGACACAUGAGCAAGCGAGUCGGAUCGCCGAUGACAUCACCCAGGAUCGGCCCUUGCACAAGGACUUCAAGAUUACCUCUAAUACCAAAUUGUCAGGUCAGCAUCGGGGUGCUGUAGAAGAAUCCGUCAAAUAUUACGUCCAGCACUUUCAUCCUGAAGCGAAAGGCUUCAGAAUCACGAAGGGAUUCGGUAGAAGCUUGGACGAACCGGUUCUGCACGCCAUCGGCAGGAUGCGGGCGCGCCGCAACAAGAAUGCGGAAGGAGGUGGCAUCACCUCCUCGGGCGUGCCUUACACCGGUCACAAAGUAUAUGCAAAGCCCGGAAUUGAGUACGACGACGGCGUGAUCCCAAUGAGGGCAGAGGACCCCGGCAAGCUAGCCCGCAUUCGAUCGAGCAAUCCCGACCACGCCGUCUCAGGAUAUUCAAGGGCUAGUCCAGCCUCGAAGCAUCUCCAGGCGCAUGGAAAUGGGCAAGACAAUACGGGCGCGUCAACGUCGAAGCAAGUCCACGACUUUGAUCUCAACAAGCUCCCGCCUGUGCACAGCAAUUGACUGCGCCCAAAAUCGACAGUAAUAUAUCGUCGAUGCUCAUUUCGACGCUUGAAGCUUUAUAUGUUCUUGUGGGACACCAGACGCGGACCUGAAAGUAAUGUAGAAGGAACUGCGACUUGCGAGUCUCGGCGCUUGGCGAGGAUAUUGACAGGUUCAGAGAAAUUGGUGAUCUCGUCGGUUGUGGUGAUCCAUGAUCUCGUCGGUUGUGGUGAUUCAUUUGCGCUUGCGCAAUUCGUAAGUAAGACCUGUCGUUCGAGGAGAUUAAGGGGGUAUGGUGUGCGAGCACGACUUUGAGGCUGCCUGUAAG